AUGUUUCCGGCAGUCGAUCAUAAAGAGCUAAACCUGCUGGCCAAAUGGCUUUUAAUCCUCAGCCCCUCUGGUUUUACUUCUCAGUUCUCAGCCACUGUGUCCUCCAUUCUCGAGAGCCUUCCACCCAUUUCACUUAACGGCCUGCGUCCGCUGGACGUCGCCAUUAUCUCGCUUGGUGUCUGGCUCCUGCUCAAGGUCGCCCGCACCACUCGGCGGCGUCUGGUGGCUACCAGACUCAGGGGCCCUCCUCGGGCUAACUUCUUCCUCGGCCAAGGUCAUGUCAUUGACAAGAGCAAUGAUAGCAGCGACGCUGGCCCGCUUUUCGAGGCCUGGGAGCAAGAAUAUGGAUCUGUUUACUCUGUCCCGUCGACCAUCGGGAUAGCCAGGAUCGUGUUGUGCGACCCCAAGGCUGUCAUGCAUUUCUACCAGUAUGAAACGCUGCGGUAUGACAGGUCUGAGGUCGACAAGCAUAUACUUAAGACUAUGGUGAGUUAUUGUGUUACACUGUAUGACAUCCAACGCAAGGCAAUGACUCCGGCUUUCAGCAAUGCCGCUAUUCGCAACGUCACGAGCACGUUCUACGACUCUGCUUACAAGGUUCGUCCAAUGCUUGUAUUAUGCUGCUCUCCUCUCGACUCUAUUGGAGUUGCCGGCUUCUCACAUAACUUUGGGACGCUGGACGGCAAGCACUCCGAAGUGGCCGCUAUCUUUGACAAGUUUGCCACGAGCAAGCCAUCGCUUCUCUUCAAGAUGAGUAGCCUCCUCGGGCUCAUCUUCCCGGCGCUCAUGAAGCUGCCGACGGCUCGAGGGGGCCUCCAUAAGGAGCUCAACAACGUUCUCGGCGUCGUUGCGCAAGCCUUGAUCGAACGCGUGCGCAAAGAGAAGGCGGGAUUGACCAAGGGUCAGGACGAUAACUCAGUCAUUGGACUGCUCAUCAAGGCAGAGUCUCCUGGAGCGGAGCUGUACAUGUCGGAAGAUGAGGUCCUUUCACAAAUCAAGCUACUACUGGUCGCUGGCUACGAGACCACUUCAAUCAGCUUAUCUUGGGCACUCGCCGAGCUCGCGCGGAACAAAGACAUCCAGGAUAAGCUCAGAGAUGAGCUUUCUCAGUUUGUUGGCAAAGACCCCACAUACGAGCAGCUCAACAACGGCUUGCCAUAUCUCGAUGCUGUCGUCCUUGAGACGCUCAGAAUCCACUCACCGGUGCCUGACACUACGCGUCUCGCCGCCGAGGACGAUGUCAUCCCGCUCAGCGAGCCCAUCGUGGACGCAUCUGGCAAGUUAUGCGAUCACAUCGUAGUCGCGAAGGGUUCCCAAGUGACCGUCUCGAUUCACUAUGUCAACGGCUCCGAGAAGUUCUGGGGUCCUGACGCGAAGCUGUUCAAGCCCGAGCGGUGGCUCAACCCGGAUGGGCUUGAGGCGCGCGCGAGGGAGAUCCAGGGACACAAGCACCUACUCGUGUUCGCGGAUGGCCCGCGGAUUUGUCUGGGAAAGGCGUUCGCACUCUCGGAGUUUAAGGCUGUCUUGUCGACGUUGGUGAGGAACUUUGAGUUUGACAUGCGUGAUGCGAAGGCAGAGGUUGAGGUUGCGAAUGGGUUCCUGCCGCGGCCGAGGAUUGUUGGCGAGCAGAAGGUUGAUCUGCCUCUGCGGGUCACUCGGCUGUAG